UAUGAAUAUUGAUAAUAUCAAUCUAGCCUACUUUAAAGGAGAUCAUUCCUCCACUUGUUCUUAUUGUAAUAAAGGAAAAUCUUAUUCCUUAGGAUUCUCAACAAGUAAUAUACUAUCAAUUUAUUCAAACAAGAUAAAUUAUAUCCCUCCACAUAUCAAUCCAUGAUGGAUAGAGGAUGGCGAAGAUGUGGUACUUAUUAUUAUAAAUAUAAUUUCACAUUAAAUUGCUGUUUAGCUUACACAAUCAGAGCCGAUGCUCUUUUAAUAUAACAUAAAAAAGGAUAAAGGAAGAUUGCUAAAACCUUUUUAAAGGUAGUAUAAUCUGAUAUACUGAAAAAUAAAGUAGAAGAUAUGAAGCAAACAUUAGAAUUAAUAAACAACAAUAUAAAGGAAGAGAAAUAGAAAAAAACCUAGAACAAAUAACAAUAAAAAUAGGAGAUAUAACCUAAAUAGAAAUUAGUAUAAGAAAAAUAACAAUAAUAAAUAGUAUCAUAAGAAAUAAUAAAUUCCUUAAAAUUACAUUUUUAAUAAUUCUAACAAAUUAUUGCUUAAAAUAUACAAGAAGUAGUUUAAUUAUUUAAAGAAUAUUUUGAAUAAAAGGAAUUAAUAAUAGAAUAACUUCAAUAAAUAUUCUAAAUUAAUCUUAAUAUUGAUACUGUUAAAAUAUUUCCAUCUUAAGUUAAUCAUAAAGGAGAUUAUUACACUAAUUUUAUAAUGCUUUUAUAUGGUCUUAAUAAAAAAUAGUUAUUUUAAGAUUUUCCUGUUAAUAAGUUUGCUUUAAAAUUUAUUCCUUUUGUUUAAAAAUAUUUUAUAAGCAAUCAGUUCUUAUUUAUUUAAGAAACUACUGGAUUUCUAUCAAUAUUUACAAAGGAUAAUUUAUAAAAGGCUAAUGUGCAUUUAAACUAAAUUCAAAAAUCAAUUGAUUAAGAAAAAAAUAAGAUUCUUAUUGAAUAAAAUGAUAUUAAUCAAUAAAAAUGUAUAUAUAUAUAUUUAUAAUAAUGAAAUAGAAAACAUUAAAUUAAUAGACACAUUUACAUUUAACUCAAAUUCAUUUUAGAUAGGAAAUAUGAAAGUUUUAUUAAAACCAGCCAAAUGUUCUAAUGAAAAUUUCUAAUUAUACAAAAGAUAUUGCAAAGAGAUUCAUAAUAACAUAAAAGAGAAUAAAACAUAAUAUAAAUAAUUUUUAUGUGAAGAAGGAUUAGAUUCUUAAAAAUUAAUAUAAUCAUAAAUUGAUGCUAGUAAAAUUCUAUUUUUGGGAUGUUUUCAUAUGAGAUAUUAUCUUGGAGAUAAUUUGGUAGCUGUAGGUGUAGUAGAUAUUACUGAAACAUCAUUGAGCUCAGUUUAUUAUUUUUAUGAUCCAAUAUUUGAAGAAUUCAAUUUUGGAACAUUUGGGGCUUUAGUUGAAAUAGAGUAUGUUAAAUUGAUGAAUUAAUAUUUUCCAGAUUUCAAAUAUUAUUAUUUAGGAUUUUACUUAUAAAAUACAAAUAAGAUGUUAUACAAGGGUGAUUUUGAACCAUGUGAACUACUAUGUCCAGAAACAUACACUUGGGUUGAAUUAACUAAAGAAUUAAGAAGUGAAAUUGAUAAGAGAUAAAGCUAAAAUAUCAAUUAAAGAUAGAUUAGAAUUAGUUAAUAAAAUAUUGAAAUUAUCGAUGAUAUGAAAAGCAAUGAUAAAUUAUUUUAUGGAUAAAUUCAGAUAUGCUUAAAUGAUUAGAUUAUGAAAUUAUCAGAGUCUAAUUUAGAGGUAGAAAAACUAACUAAAUAUUUCGAUAAUGCGUAUUGCAGAUUUGGAAGAUAAUUGAUGGAGAAAUUGAUAUUUGAAUUUUGA